AUCACCGACGAGAUUUUCUACUUCUUUCAGUUCCAGAUACCCGCGGCGACUCGUCAAUGGCUGCUGCUGCUCAAACAGCCCAGUUUCGCGCCAAUUAGCUACAGAAGAAUUGUCUUUGUCUAUGUACAAUCGUUGGAUUCGAUAUUGCUGUAAAACAGGUGAAAUCAACGAAGCAAUGUCUCUCGUCGCCGAAAUCGAUUCUCUAGGUUCACGUCCCGAUCCUCUUUCCUACGUUAGUUUGAUUGAAACACUCGCUGGUCUCGGAAGGACUCUCGAAGCUGAUGCUUUGUUUCAAGAAGUAGUUCGAUUCGAGAUCAAUGGAAGCUAUUCGGUGAGAUUGUACAAUGCUUUGCUUAGUGGAUAUUUGAGAAAAGGUCAAUUAGAGUUAGCUCUUAGGGUUUUGGAUCAUAUGAAAGAGGAAAAUGUUGAUAAGAAUCAAGAAACUUGUGAGAUUCUGUUGAAUUAUUAUGUUAGUGCUGGGAGAUUGGAGGAAUCGUGGCGUGUGGUUAACGAGAUGAAGAAGAGGAAGUUUCGUUUGAAUUCGUUUGUUUAUGGGAAGAUUAUUCGUAUUUAUAGAGACAAUGGGAUGUGGAAGAAAGCUUUAGGGAUUGUAGAGGAGAUUAGGGAGAUUGGUUUGCCAAUGGAUGUGGAGAUAUACAAUAGCAUUAUCGAUACGUUUGGUAAGUACGGAGAGUUGGAUGAAGCGUUAGAUGUUUUAGAGAAAAUGCAGAGCUCUAGUGAUUCGAAGCCUAAUAUUAGUACAUGGAAUUCGUUGAUACGGUGGCAUUGUCAUCACGGUGCGCUUGAUAUGGCGCUUGAGUUGUUCACAAUGAUGCAAGAUCAGGGGCUUUAUCCUGACCCUAGGAUGUUUGUGAAUCUUAUAACUCGGUUGGGAGAGAAUGGCAACUGGAAUAUGAUAGAUAGACAUUUUGAGUCCAUAAAGUGUAAGGAACAUAAAGAUACAAGAGCUAUUUAUGCAGCUUUAGUUCAAAUUAUUGGACAGUUUGGGAGUUUCCAAGAUGUUGAGGAACUUGUGGGUAAGCUCAAGUCACAGGGCGUCGCUCCUUCAGCUAAUUUGUUUUGUACUUUGGCAAAUGCAUAUGCUCAGCAGGGACUGUGCAAACAGACAGUAAAGGUGCUCAAGAUGAUGGAGAACGAGGGGAUUGAACCAAACUUGAUUAUGCUGAAUGUUUUGAUUAAUGCUUUUGGAACUGCUGGGAAGCACAUGGAAGCUCUAUCUAUUUAUCACCAUAUUAAAGAAAGCGGAUUCACCCCCGAUGUGGUUACCUAUAGUACACUUAUGAAAGCAUUCACUCGAGCAAAGAAGUAUGAAAAGGUUCCAGAAAUAUUCAGGGAAAUGGAAGCCUCUGGGUGUACUGCAGAUCGGAAAGCAAGACAACUAUUGCAAAAUGCUUUUAUGGUUCUUGAUAAAAGACAUUAAGUAUUAGAUUGGUGAGCCCAAACCUCUGAUAUUCUGCUUUGUGUUCGUUCAACUAACUCUUAUGAGAACCAGAUCCUUUACGAACAAGCGGCUCCUUCAUGAAAAUCGGUGUACAUGCCCAAACUUGGUGUAAUCUGCUCAGUGAAAAAAGUUUACUAUAGAAAAGGCAAGUUCGAUAAAAAGAUGAAAGUUUU